GUUCUUUAUUAUUGUAAUUUCAGCAUAGUUUAUGCCCCAACAAUGUGGAAAGUACUGUGAUAUUGCUUUUUUGAAUUUUCAGUAACCUGUGAUGUAACGGAAAAAAGGGUGGUCAGGUUAUGGAACAUUUAACAGGAAGUAAAGUGAUAAUUUCAACUGUACACAUCAAUACAGUUCAGUAGCUUGCUUUGCACAGAAGAGGUACACAUAUCAGACAUGUGCUCUAAGGAGAUAAUACUCUUGGUCAUCAUUCUAUACAGGACAAUACAUGCUAUUGGUAAAAGAACAGUCCAUCAGCCUGACUCAGUGAUUACAGCUCAGCUCGGCGAGUCUGUGACUCUAAACUGCACCUUUGCCUAUGAUGCUCAGCAGUACAUGCUCUGGUAUAAGCAGAGGCCAGGAGAAAUGCCAGUAGUGAUGGUCAUGGCACAUGCUUUACCAACAAGCACACCGCAGUUUCAAAGUGGCUUCAAUGCAUCUGAUUACACAAUAAAGAAGGAUCAAGGCAUCUUUCAUCUCACUAUCAACAGGACUACUGUAUCAGAUGAAGCAUUUUACUUCUGUGGACUUACUGAAUUCUCCCAUGCUGUGUUUGGAAAUGGAACUUUUGUAGCAUUGACAGAUCACAGAAAUCACAGACUGGACUUUACAGCAGAGAUCCAAACCUCAGUACCAGAACCAUUUCACCCAGAAGACCGAAUGACCCUGGAGUGCACUGUACUUACUGAGACCAGAACCGAAGAGCUGACUAUGUUCUGGUUCAGACUCGCUUCAGCAGAUUCCCGUCCUGUGAGUAUUUACAUCCAAAAGAACUGCAGCAGUGAGUCUGAGUCUGGUUCUCACACUCAGAGCUGCGUCUACAGACUUCCUGUGGGUCACACAUCUGAUUCUGGAACAUUCUACUGCGCUGUGGCCUCAUAUGGUAAAUUACUGUUUGGGAACAGAGUAACGCUGGAUAAAAAACAAACAGGUAUGUCUUUAAAUUAUAUCAACACUUUAUUAUUUCACUGUAUUACUUCAUUUCACUGUAUUACUUCAUUUCAGUUAUAUGCAUUGUAUUCUAAUAUAAACUGCUCAGUGAAAUUGUCAUUUAUGUGUGUAUAUAUACUGGCUUACAAGUGUAGGCCAAAAGCCAUACAUGUUAACAAGCUCUCCCUCUUAGACUCAGUGGAUCCUGUGAUAGUUGGUUUGGCGGCAGCAUUGGCCCUGUCUAUUGUAGUAAUAAUCGUCCUGGCUAGUUUAAGAUGCAGAAGGACAUGUAAAGACUGCGAAGUGCGCCACCAUUCAGGACACAACCCUCACAGAGUGCAAUUAGCGGGUCAGGGCCAUGAGGCAGAGGGCCUUAACUACGCAGCCCUACAAUUCACAAAGGGGAAAAGUAACAGUGGCAUAGAGAAGAAACGACCACCUCAGGAGAGCACCUACUCUGGUGUUAUAUACUCUAGGCCCUAAAUUCUGUACGUCACUUUUCAUAAAUGAUUGUGAGAUGAUAAUUGUAUGUUACCAUUAAUAAAUCAUGUGCUGUCAUUAUAAUCUAGGACCUGUCUCGAUGUAAAAUAUUAACACAUAAUCUAACCAUAAGCUCGCAUAGCCCUGUGAAUUUGUAUUGGUGGGAGUGAAUUCAUGACUGCUAUGCACUGGGAAUCAUAUGUAGUAGCAUACACAUAUAUUUACACAGUGCUUAUUCAAUAAAUCUUACAUGGCUCAACUUUGUGGCAACACAAUUCUUCAUUGUGUGUCAGUAAAGUAAUCUUUCUAAAUCUACACUCUUACCACAACAUUUAACAGACAGCCUGUGUAACCAAUUGGACAUGGAAACUGUGGUCUAACAACUACAGUCAGUUUGACAGGCUGUGAAGUGACAUUAAGGUCACACAAACAUGCACAGCACAACGGAUGUUUCAUGUGCACUGACUAGCAUAGUAAAUACCCACUGCUGUGGCACAGUAGGUGAGGGAGUCUACUUCAUCCCAAUCUACCUAACUGAAAAUUGUUUCAGUUUUUAAUUGUUUUGUUGUAUUUUGAAUAAAGUGUGUUUGAUAAA